GUGAUAGCAAAUCACAAAUGAGUUUGAAUGUGGAUUUUGCUCUAUGGUAGUGAGUUUUUCCUCAGCAGAAUAAAAGUCUGGGGCACUUGGCAUAGUUGUGUGGAAAAAUGCUCGAGCUGAUGGAGAGUUUGCAGAGCUGCUCUAAUCACAAAGCUCAGACAACUUGGUCAAAGGACAUCUUUUACUAAAAUUAGUCUGCAAGAAAGAAAAUUACGUAUCCUGAAAAAAAAGGAAAGAUGAGCUACUUCACCUUUUGGAGCUCAUAGCUUGGCACUGCAGCAAGGGAAAAGCAGUGAAUUGACAAUCAGAGCUCUAAUCCUCAUCCUCUGAUAGUUUGGUACUAUUUUGAUCCUGAGAAAUACCCUGACCCAAGGGACUGGGAGGCUAUCUGCAUUAACAGAACUGCCUUCCUCAUCAUUAUUCAUGUUUUGAGAAACUCCUGACUUCUCUACAUCAUGCCUUUUUUUCUCAGCUUUCUUCUUUUUUUGUUUUCACCCCUAUAUCUUACUUUAUGCUUCUUAAAAGAAUCCGUCCUUUUCAGCUGAAACAGCUUUUGUAGCACAGCUGUGAGUUGUGAUCAGAAAGGCAAUAACCAGUCAGAGGCUGAAAAAAUUUGCCAGGUCUUGGGACUGCAGGUAAGACUUUAUUAAUGGAGUUAGAAACACAAACUACAUUCACGAUAUUUGCUUUCCUUUAUAGAAAUACAGUAGGUCCCUCUGCCCGUACUUGUGCUGUUUGAGCUUCAAAAAAGCAUAGCUGGGCUCAGGAAAACAUUCACAGCUGCUAAAGAUGAUGACAGCAAACUUCCUCUUUGCCCCAAGAAGGGAAGAUCAUUUGAAAUACCACAGUUAGAUGACCAGCAAGUAGGAAGUUUCCCUUCAAAAAUGUAUUUCAACAAGAAUAUGAGAGAAGAAGGGGUGUUAAGAAAUCCUCAUUAAGUAUAGAAUGUUUGCAUUUUAUCUCAUCCUUUUCUUCCAUUAUUAUUAAAAAAAAUAUUAAUUUUGAUAUUUCUUUUUGCAUGAGGUCUAAGCAGGCUGAGAUUUCUUGACUUGAAGUCUUGAGCUGUGAGUGACUGUUUAUGACCUGUAGAGGAAAGGUCAAAUUUAUCACCUUUAGCUCUCACAUCCCACCUAACCUCAAAAUCAGUAUAACGCCUAUUACCAAAUUGAAGCCACUUCAUUCAGGACUGUAGAAACAAAUGUUGUUUUCUCUGCUUCCUCCUUCCCCUCCCACUCAUGCUUCAGUGUAUGACUCAUUUAACCCUUCAAAAACUGAAGAUGAUCCGACUUUGGGGUUUGCCUAUCCCGUUCACAGAAGCAGGGAUAGCUGGAUCGUUAUGUGGUGCCUCGCUUGAAAAUUUUCUUUGAGAGCCUCAGACUUUUAAGUCAGUAGCCCUUGAAACUUGUGUAAUACAGAUAAUAUCCCCUGUUGUUUGUAACCUUAAGAAUUCAUCUGGCUUCUUCUGUUGGCUGGAGGACAAAGAAACUCCCUGAAAUUCAGAAAGUGCACCAGGAGUCCUUCCUCCAGAAGGACUUGAAGGUUUUAGCAAGGUUUGCUUGCCUCUUUGGAAAGAACUUGGGAAACUGACAUCUGGAUGUAGCUGGUGUGAUGAUAAGCAGAAAUAUAUAAUUACAGGUUUCUGGUAUAUGUCCAAAAUCCUUGAGUGGAAAGAGUGGCUUUAAAUAAGCAUAGGCAUCAAUUAAAACUUGUACUUUGGAACCAGAAGCCCACAUACUAUUAGCUUUUUUUUUUUCCAUGAUAUGCACCAAAUAAUUGAUAAAACAGCUACACAUGCAAUGAAUUAUUGCAUCUAGUUUCUCUGAUUCCACAGGAGAUGAUGAGUUUCUCAAAUGAUAUAUAUCAGAAUAUUUCAAACAAUUAUUUUAGCCUCUGUCAUACUCUCGAACCUUUCAAUAAAACCAGUUUUAAUCCACGAAGACAUUUUUCCUGUACUGGGACCAUGUGUUGUCUCACAUCACGUCAACCACUUUAUCUGUUUUGGAAAGUAAUUAACCUUUUCUGUGCAGCCUGGUGAUGUGUUCCUGCAGUUGGUUCUGCACUGAAAUCUGGAACUGCUAAUGCACUCCACUUAUCAGGAAAAGGGAGUGUGUAAAUAUGUUCUCAUGUCAGAUACCAUAUCAGAGCAGAUUCCUGGCAUUUGACUAGUCAGCUCAGUGACUAGCAGGAGUGCUAUUUUUAUGUACAUUAAAAUAUCAACAUACAAAACUGAUAGUAUGGGGGUUAAACACUCUCCCAAACCUAAAAAAAUGUGCAAAAUGAAGUGUAAAUGUUUUUGUGUAUAUCUAGGUAAUGUAUAGUACAAAGGAAAUUAAACUGCAACAGACCGAGUCCUGACACAAUGUGGAUUGCCCUGCUGACAGCUGGGCUCUUUUAUGGCUUUAGAAGUGUUACAAAACAUCAUCACAGAAGAUCAACUGCAGAGAGUUAGAGCAAGGAAAGGUACUCAAGGGAAAAUAAUGGGACUCUGUGGGAGAUAAGGCAUUCUGCUGAGGGGAAGGUUCAAAACCUCUGUGAAACCCAUGUUUUUACUCAGGCCUUUGGUUUGUCUGGUUUUUCUUUUGGAAAUAUUUACUGAGAUUGACUAUACUGCUCAUUUUUAGUCACUGUUUCAUCAAGAGGAAGCAGUAUUUAUAAACCAAUAAAGUGAGAAAGUCGUGUGUUCUUCAAGGUGGCUCUGUGUUACCAGUUUCAUUUCCACAGCUUUGAACCUUGUGUCUAUUUGUGCCAAAGCAAGAUAGGCUUGAGCAUAAAUGUGAUACAGUGUCUGCUCAGUUUGACUGGUAGUGGCAUUUAGCCUUUGUUUCAUCUACUUGACAUACAGGGUUAAUUUGUGACAAUGAGAGUUGCAAUUGAAGAUAAGAUGUGUGACCAAGCACCAGCUUUGCAAUUAACUUUUCAUAAGUGCUUCAAUGAGUCUGUCUGCUCUAACUAUGUUUUAGUUCCAUGUCUUGCACAAGUAAGCUCACUUCUGCAGUUCUAGUUAGAUAGGUUCUUCACACUUUUGGCACGGUACUGGUCCUGAAUAGCUUCUGAUACCUGGCCAAAUGUAGCUGUGGUUCCUAUCUGGUAAUUAUUAAGAAAUUAGCAUCUCGUGAGAUUUCCCAUCUUGAAGAUUACAUGUGUUUGAAAUUCUAUUUUGAGGAUAUUAACUGACUAUGCAGAGGACUUUUGCUGGUUCUUCAACUUGGAGAUGAAUUCCUUGCACUAAAGGGCUGGACUCAACAGUGAGACAUAUUGAACAGAAAACAACUAUAUAAUUCUAUGUUUCUGUAAAAACACAAGAUAAACCUGGAUAGCAUAAUGAGACCCCUCACAAAUACCUAUGUCUUUGUUUGUGCCUUUACAUUCACACUAUGGAAUAAUAUCCAACCAACUGUGGAAAAUGAAUUUAUUGCAAAUUAUUCAGGCAGAUUGCUAACUAAUGUUCCAAAAAACAUUCCACUACAUACUCAAGUAUUAGAUUUAUCACAUAAUAGGAUCUCUGGAAUUAGUAUCUCAGAAUUUAUUUAUCUUUCUGACCUUCAAGUAUUAAAUCUUUCUAAUAAUCUAAUUACGGUGCUUGACUUUAGUGUCUUUGUUUUUAAUGAAAAUUUAGAACACUUAGAUUUAUCUCAUAAUAAUAUUUUGAAAGUUUGCUGUCUAACUCUUGCAUGUCUUAGACAUUUAGAUCUUUCUUACAAUAAGUUUACUGCCUUGCCUAUCUGCCAGGAAUUUGAGAACAUGUUUCGUUUGGAGUACCUAGGAUUAAGUGCCACAAUGAUACGAAGGUCAGACUUCAGGUAUAUCAAACAUUUGCAGCUGCACACUGUCUUCCUGACCUUGGGAAACUUUUCUCUGUAUGAGCCUCAGAGUCUGACACCCUUGAAUACAAAGAGGCUCCACAUUGAUUUUGCAGCAAACCAAAACUUCAGUUUUUCCCUCUUGUACGAUGGAAUGAGUACUUCAGAAAAUUUAAAAAUAGUUAACUUAAUAUAUACCUUGAGCUAUAAAUAUUUUCCCUCUCCUCCUUUAAUGCUUCUGAAGAAAAUCAAGACAACAGCUCUCAUUCUUGACACUGUGGAUGUACAAUGGCCUAUCAUUCUGCAAAUUUUUCUGCUUAUUUGGUAUUCACCUGUGGAGCAUUUGACUGUGAGAAAUUUGACUUUUCAGGGAUCACUGGGGGAGCUGACUAAAUAUGAGUUUCUACCCUUGUUAAGUUCUCUGGAACAGUUAAUCUCUUUGGAUGGCUCCAUGAAAGCAUUAACUUUGGAGCAUGUUCGUAUUAAGAUUUAUUAUUUCAACCAGGAGGUUCUAUACAGACAGUUUUCAGAGAUGAAUAUUGCCAGUUUGACAAUAUAUGAUGCAUAUAUGCCACACAUGCUUUGCCCCAAUAGAACAAGCUCAUUUCAGUAUUUAAAUUUUUCUCACAAUGCCCUGACAGAUGAGUUGUUCCAGAAUUGUGGCACUUUGAUAGAUCUGAAAUUACUUAUUUUGCAAUGGAAUAAAUUUGAGAGCCUUCUCAAGGUAAGCUUCAUGACCAGCCGUAUGAAAUCACUGAAAUAUCUGGACAUGAGCAACAACUUGCUGCACCACGAUGGAGCUGAUGCACAAUGUCAGUGGGCUGUGUCUCUGACAGAGUUGGACCUGUCCUCCAAUCAGUUGGCAGAUGCUGUCUUUGAAUGCUUGCCAGUCAACAUCAAAAAACUCGACCUACAAAACAAUCAGAUCAGCAGUGUCCCAAAGGGGCUGGCUGAUCUAAAAUCCUUGGAAGAGCUGAACCUGGCAUCGAACAGGCUGGCUGACCUGCCGGGGUGCAGUGGCUUCCCAUCCCUGCAGUUCCUGAACAUAGAGAUGAACUCGAUCCUCACCCCAUCUACUGACUUCUUCCAGAGCUGCCCAAGGGUCAAGGAGCUACAAGCUGGGCACAACCCAUUCAAGUGUUCCUGUGAACUACAAGACUUUAUCCGUGUGGAGAGGCGGUCAGGGGGGAAGCUGUUUGGCUGGCCAUCAGCGUACGUGUGCGAGUACCCGGAAGGCUUGCGAGGCACGGAGCUGAAGGACUUCCACCUGAGUGAACUGGCCUGCAAUACAACGCUGCUGCUGGUGACAGCCCUGCUGCUGACGCUGGUGCUGGUGGCUGUGGUGUCCUUCCUGUGCAUCUACCUGGAUGUGCCCUGGUACGUGCGGAUGACGUGGCGGUGGACGCAGACGAAGCGGAGAGCUUGGCACAACCACCCCAAAGAGCAGGAGACGGUUCUGCAGUUCCACGCGUUCAUUUCGUACAGCGAGCACGAUGCUUUGUGGGUGAAGAACGAGCUGAUCCCAAACCUGGAGAAGGGGGAGGGCUGCAUACAACUGUGCCAGCACGAGAGAAACUUUGUCCCCGGCAAGAGCAUUGUGGAGAACAUCAUUAACUGCAUUGAGAAGAGCUACAAGUCGAUCUUUGUGUUGUCUCCCAACUUUGUGCAGAGCGAGUGGUGUCACUAUGAGCUGUACUUUGCCCAUCACAAGUUAUUCAGUGAGAAUUCCAACAGCUUAAUCCUGAUUUUACUGGAGCCGAUCCCUCCAUACGUUAUCCCUGCCAGGUAUCACAAGCUGAAGGCUCUCAUGGCAAAACGCACCUACCUGGAGUGGCCGAAGGAGAGGAGCAAGCAUGCCCUUUUCUGGGCUAACCUGAGGGCAGCUAUUAAUAUUAACCUGCCCACAGCCAUUGAAGCAAAUAAGGAGCCGAGUGAUGUUACAUGUACUUAGUAGUAUAAGUAUGUGAAUAACUGAUUUGACUGUUUUACAUUAAAUUCUGUUAAUAAUUUUUUCUAUUUUUUUACACCAUUGCUAGUUUGUUGCAAAAUGUAUUUGUGAUGCAUAUAGAGAUUGCUAUUGCAAAUUCUAGUUGUCAAAGUAGUCAAAGGUCAUCUGUAGUUGUCCAUCAUCAACAAAGAGAGGGAGGGAGAAAUUUUCAUAGUGAUUGACCUUAUUUUUGUGUUGCAUAAAUUUCGUACUUUUCCCAUUGAAAGCCAUAUUUGAAAGUGAUGAUGAUAGUGGUUGGUUCAGUGUCGUCAGGACUGCCAAGGAAUGCAUUUAAUCUUUGUUCUGACAUGAAUGUUGUGGGGUUAAGAUUGUAAGCAUCUGCUUCCUGGGAUUUAAUUAGAUAACACAAAGAAGAAGAAAAUUUGUGUUUAAAACCCUUCCUGUACAUGGAUGUAGUAGAUGUCAUAGGUACAAUAUCCCUAUACCUUUAGCCUGUUUUCCUUCCUAGAAGUCUUUCCCUCCAUCACAGAGAGAGUUUCCUAGGUAGGUGCUGAAAAUCUGGAUCCAUUAAUCCUUGUUUAAUAUUUUUCUUCCUUUGCUGUACUAAAUAUUCCCACUUGCCCAAAGAUAACUACUAAGUCAAUGAUUUCAUAGAAUUCACUAUUCAUUGUCUUCAAAAUCAUAGUAAAUAUCUGAACUUAUGAAUUUUUUAUAAUACUGUAAUAUUACUGCUUUCUCUAUGAUCAUAUCAAGCUGUACUGAGUUAUGUAUUUUUCCUGUUUUCUAAAACUUAGAAGAUUGAUGUUUGAAGGUGAGACCCUUUUAUCUCCAGAUUUUCACUGAACUCUAUUACCUUGCUCUUUUAAGCAGCAGGUGCUGAGGGUCAUCACACAAGUGAAAAAGGAAUAUGUUUCCUUAGAAAAUAACUCCUCUGCUGAAAGCUAACGGUGUUUUCUUUGAUGGGAGACAUCUAGUUUGCUGUGCUUAUUUGACAGUCCAAUAAACCUCCCAUUCUUUAUCUGUUAUUAAA